AGGACAGGGUGCUACUUUUAAGUAUGAAUCAACCAAAAAAAAAAAACCUUUAGUUUCAACGGUGGUGUCGGUGGUCUGAUCAUCUCAUAAAUGUUCACUCUUUAAGAUGAAAACUUUAACCAAAAGUUUCACAAAACCCCACUUCACCUAAUUGAUCCCAUUUUUUUUUCUUCACUUAUUCUUUAAACGUGAAAAAGAAGGAAAUUUUAGUGAUUCUUAAAUUCUUAUGUCUUACCAAAAUAAAUUUACUGUAUUUUUCCAUGCACAACCACAAAGCUUUAAAUUUUAAUUAUGUAUUUUUUUGGAUGGGUCCCUUCAGAAAAAAGGACACAGUUUUCCAUAAUCAGAGAUGUACAGGUGUCCAUGUGAGAUGCCAUAACUAAGGCCUGAAAGUGAGAAAGAAAUAAACAAAGAAAAAUAAGGAAAAAAGAGAGAGAGAUUCAUCAUGUGAUGUAGGGUGCUUGAGUUGAACUCUUUUUUUAUAGCUGUUGAUUAGAUUUUGUUUGUAUUUGUUUGUUCGAGUGGUUUUCACCAUCAAUGCCAACCAAAGCCAACAGAGAAGAGAACAAAUUGAGGAAAGUGGUCAAUUUGGAGAUCUGUGUUUCUCGGCUUUAAGGGGGAAAAACAUUAUGAGGUUUCAUUACCAGAGCCACUAUCAUCAGCCUCUUUUGGGAGAAGCAAUUGCUGGGUUAUUUCUGUUGCUUUUCCCAGUUCUUUUGCCUUGUUUGUUUACUCCAUUCACCUAUGCUUCCCCUUCUACAUUCUCGGAGUGGAAUGUUAUUAAACCUAGACAUUUAUCUUUACUCAGGAGUGCCUUAGAAGGCAAAAGUUCCAACAAAGAGCAGUCCGAUCUUUGGACUCCUUUGGCUGACCAAGGGUGGAGACCAUGUCUUGAAUCUGUAAAUACCCCAUCAGCAUUGCCACAGAACUCUGAAGGAUAUCUUCAGGUAUUUCUUGAUGGUGGACUCAACCAGCAAAGAAUGGGGAUAUGUGAUGCUGUUGCGGUUGCUAAAAUACUGAAUGCAACACUUGUGAUCCCGUAUCUUGAAGUAAAUCCGGUUUGGCAAGAUUCAAGCUCAUUCAUGGAUAUAUAUGAUGUGGAUCACUUUAUUAAUGUAUUAAAGGAUGAUGUUUCAAUCGUCAAAGAGUUGUCAGAUGAAUUCUCUUGGAGCACAAGGGAAUAUUACGCCACUGCUAUUCGGGCCACCAGAAUUAAAAGAGCACCUGUUCAUGCAUCUGCAAACUGGUAUCUCGAAAAUGUCUUGCCUGUACUACAGAGUUAUGGGAUUGCUGCAAUUUCUCCAUUCUCUCACCGUUUGUCUUUUGACAACUUGCCAAGUGAGAUCCAGCAACUACGUUGUAAAGUCAACUUUAAAGCACUUGUUUGUGUCCCGCACAUUAGAGCACUUGGAGAUGCCAUUGUCCAUCGCCUCAGAUAUCCUCCUGGUGAAACUGAAGCACUUAGCAGUGACUAUCUCAGGGUGACCACUGAUCAAAAUGACAAACAAAGGCCACAAAAAUUUGUCGUCUUACAUCUUCGGUUUGAUAAGGAUAUGGCAGCCCAUUCGGCCUGUGAUUUUGGUGGGGGUAAAGCUGAAAAGUUGGCUUUGGCAAAGUAUAGACAAACAAUUUGGGGAGGGAGGGUUCUCAAUUCUCAGUUUACUGAUGAAGAGUUGAGAAGUCAGGGGCGUUGCCCAUUGACUCCUGAAGAAAUCGGACUGCUAUUGGCGGCUUUGGGUUUUGACAACAGUACCCGGCUUUAUCUUGCUUCCCACAAGGUAUAUGGUGGGGAAGCUAGGAUUUCCACCCUACGUGAGCUGUUCCCAUUGAUGGAAAACAAAAAGAGCCUUGCCUCAUCAGAGGAAAGGGCUCGUAUAAAAGGAAAGGCUUCUUUAUUAGCUGCAGUUGAUUACUAUGUUGGUAUGCAUAGUGACAUCUUUGUCUCUGCUUCUCCGGGGAACAUGCACAAUGCAUUGGUAGGACAUCGAACUUUUGAGAACAUGAAGACCAUAAGGCCUAAUAUGGCUUUGUUAGGCCAACUCUUCCUCGACAAAAACAUUACUUGGUUGGAAUUCCGUCAGGCAGUGGCAGAAGGGCACCAAAACAGACAAGGGCAGCUCAAGUUAAGGAAGCCAAAACAGUCCAUAUAUACAUAUCCUGCACCUGAUUGCAUGUGCAGAGCCUAAGCCCCUAAAGGUCUGUUAUAGAUAUGCCCAAAGAAGUGAGACAGACUACUUUCAAUAUCUUAUUGAUUUUAUUACUGGAGCUUAUUAUUUGCAGCUUGUGCUAUUGGUAUCAUAAAUAAGCAGUAACACCAUUUGUCUCCCUUAGAUAUAUAUGUAUUACGUAUAGCAUCCUUAGUAGACAAGGUAUUGUUGUAGCAUAUUGACGGUGGUGGUAUUUAUAUCGAGAAUGGGGUUGUUGGCAUCAAAUUUAUGUGGAUGCUUCUAUGGACAGUGGAGUGGAGGAUGUAACCUAGAUAGUUGACUGAUGUCAGUUCUAUUUGUUGCAUUAUCUCUGCCGGUGAAGCUGUCUGUACAACCUUUUUAUUUGUAUUGGAAUUGAAUCAAACAUCUAUGUUUAUGCAACCGAAGCAGAUGGCAGCAUUAUGCUGUUGUCGAGACUUGAGGAAAGAA